CUCAGGCAGAGGAGGGCUGCACAGAGGAAGUAAGACAGAGCCUGGGUGAGCUUUUGGUCAACUGAGAGCUCCAACUCAACUGAUCAGCCAAAGAUUGUAUCCAGUCAAGACUUCUAGCAAAGAGCGUCUACGGGGACCGACGACUUUUGAACACCACCAGCGAAGACACCUGAGAUUGUACGAAAGUCUAGAGCGUUCGUAUAUAUAAAAUGGCAAGAGUAAAGUUGAGCUUAGUGGCUCUCGGGGUCACGCUGCUCCUGUUAGCAGAGACAUGGGCCCAGAGUCCCAGGAAGAGACUGGCGCCUUCCAAGCCUUCCAAGGCUCAGUGCUGCGAUGAGGUGCGCUCCCUCAAGGUCCAGGUGGCCAAUCUGACCAGCCUCCUCGAGGAGAUGAGCCGCAAGCAGGAGACAGACCUGAUGGCCGUGGUGAGGCAAAUAAUGGAGCUGGACAAGCAGAACCGGCAGCAAGAGGCACGGGUUACGGAGGCGGAGAGCAAGUACUCGGAGAUCAACAACCGUGUGGAGAUCAUGCAGCUCCAGACCCUACAGUCCGCUACGCAGACCUCAUCAGAUGCCCUAUAUGACUGUGCGUCACUGUACAGCAAGAGCUACAAGAUCUCUGGCGAGUACAAACUGCCUAAAGAUGAGUUUCUGGGGACACCUGAGCUGAGCGUCUUCUGCGAUAUGGACACAAAUGGAGGUGGUUGGACCCUGAUCCAAAGGCGCAAAGUCGGCCUGACAUCAUUCAACCGUGACUGGAAGCAGUACAAAAGUGGAUUCGGAUCCAUCCGUGGAGACUUCUGGCUAGGCAAUGACAACAUCUUCCGUCUAACAAGGCAGCCCAGUAUGCUCAGGAUUGAGAUGGAGGACUGGGAAGGGGGGAAGCGUUAUGCUGAGUAUGGCUUUUUCACAGUCAGUAAUGAGCUCAACAGCUACAAGCUCUUCAUCGCCAACUACAGUGGGAACGCUGGAGACUCCCUGCGCUACCACAACAACACCAACUUCAGCACCAUCCACAAGGAUAAUGACAAAUGUGUGGAUGACUGCGCUUCCCUGCGCAAAGGUGGUUACUGGUACAACUGCUGCACUGACUCAAACUUGAAUGGCAUCUUUUACCGCUACGGCGAGCACACAAGGAACACAGAUGGGAUCACUUGGUAUGGCUGGCACGGGCCAAACUACUCCCUCAAGAAAGUGGAGAUGAAGGUCCGGCCAGUGGGUUUUCAACCAUAGGUGUUUCCUGGAUCAUGAUCAUAGGCAUGAAUGCAUGAGAGAUUUCACUAAUACCUGUUCAACCAAAAUUGUAUCCUUCUGUCGACUGCGAAAGGAAUGACAAUGUUGUCCAUGACAUUCUAAUUAAGUUUCAGUCAGAUGAAUGUGUAAUGUUCUGCCGUGUUUGAUUGUAAAUUGUACUUAGUUUUGUGUAUUUAUCAUUAAAAUAUUCUAUUUUUUAAAGGCUUUGAUAGAUGCUCUUUACCACUGUCCCAUAUGGGUAACUAGAUUUUUGAUUCCUUCUCUUGUUUGUCUUGAAAGCACUAGGAUGUUUGUUUGUUUUUUAGUUAACAUAAGCCGUUUAUGGGUAGCAGCAAGAAUCAGUCCAGACUGGUCAGGUUGAGGUUUAGGAACUUAUUCAACUAAAGGAUCUUUGUGAGUUGCUGGAGUGGGACCAAGCACCUAAAGUAUUUCCUAUGAAUUACACUGCAUUCUAUUGUAAAACCCUGUCCAUUGAUGAUGGAAAUGUGUAAUUUGUAAAAUGUGUACAGCUCUGUAAUUAUGUUGUUUUACGUGACAGAUAAUAAACAUAUUUUUUAAAAGAAA